UAAACACUUAAAUGAGAUUAGAGAGAUGGAUGGCCAAUGGGUAUGAAUUCAGACAUUUAGCCCUGGGACGUGGGAUGUAAAUAUAAGUAAAACACAAUGAAGCCACUCUUUUUUUUUUUUUUUAAAGAUUUUAUUUAUUUAUUUGAGACAGAAUGAGAGACAGAGAGCACGAGAGGGAGGAGGGUCAGAGGGAGAAGCAGACUCCCCGCUGAGCAGGGAGCCUGAUGCCGGACUCGAUCCCAGGACUCCAGGAUCAUGACCUGAGCCGAAGGCAGUCGCUUAACCAACUGAGCCACCCAGGCGCCCCCCUUCAUGAUCUUCUAAAACCUAACUUUCUGAUAUGCAAAGUCCUUAAAAAAUUUUUUUUCUUAAAUAUUUUUAUUUAUUUGAGAGAGCUAGAGAGAGAGAAAGAGCAUGACUAGGGGGUGGGGUAGAGAAAGGGAGAAGCAGACUUCCUGGUGAGUAGGGAGCCUGAUGCAGGACUCGAUCCUGGGACCCUGGGAUCAUGACCUGAGCCAAAGGCAGACACUUAACCAACUGAGCCACCCAGGUGCACAUGCACAGUCCUUUUAAACUAUCCUUUUAAUUCAUUCUUUUUUGGUUUAUGUCAGUUCAAUCCUAUAUUUUAUUUUUGACCUUUAAAAAAGAAAAAUUGGGUUUUUUUUGUUUUGUUUUUGUUUUUUUUUUUAAAGAUUUUAUUUAUUUAUUUGAGAGAGAGAAUGAGACAGAGAGCAUGAGAGGGGGGAGGGUCAGAGGGAGAAGCAGACUCCCCGCUAAGCAGGGAGCCCGAUGCGGGACUCCAUCCGGGGACUCCAGGAUCAUGAUCUGAGCCGAAGGCAGCCGCUUAACCGACUGAGCCACCCAGGCGCCCCAGAAAAAUUGGUUUUAAGAAAAAAAAAAAUUAAGAUUGAGACUGCCUGUGAGUUAGGGGGAGUGGAGGAAAGGGGAGGGGCAAAGGGAGAGGGAGAGAAUCUUCAGCAGACUCUUUGCUCAGCCUGGAUCCCAUCACUGGGCCUGGAUCCUGACUCAGGGCUCCAUCUCAGGGUUCUGAGAUCAUGACCUGAGCCAAAAUCAAGAGUUGGAUACUAACUGAGCCACCCAGGCACCGACUUUUUAUUUUAUUUUCAUUCUAGUUAGUGAACAUAAAGUGUUUUCUUAGUUUCUGGUGUACAAUAUAAGGAUUCCACAAUUCCAUACAUCACUCAGAGCUCAUAAUGACAGGUGCACUGCUUAAUUCCCAUCCCCUAUUUAAGCCUUCCCCAAACCCACUUUCCCUCAGGUAACCAUCAGUUUGUUCUCUAUCCUUGAGUCCGUUUCUUGAUUUUUCUCUCCUUCUCUACAUUGUUACUUCAUGAUUGAUUAAAUUCCUGGUGGAGAGGUGGAUUAUGAUCACCCCUAAGGGUCUUCUCCUUAUUGCUCUUCUGAUUUUUCAUUAUAGUGAUAAUUCUAAUCUGUUCUCUCUUUUGCUUUUGUUGAGAUAUAUGCAAGCAGAUCCUGUUCCUUCACCCAGCCAACAGAUGAUGCUUACUACUCAAAACAAAUUCACCGCAGUGUCCCCUCUGGACUCUACAAGAAUGGCCUUCUGUAAUAGUUACACGUAGGGACAGAGAGGGACCAAUUUCGGUCCAUGGGUAGGGAUAUCUCAACAAUCCCUGUCACCAUGAAGAAGUUACAGAAGAUGAGCCCUCACCCUUCCACAGCGUUAAAAACCAACGGACCUAUCUAUACAAUGAAAUAUUACUCAGCUAUAAAAAGUAAUGAAAUCUUGCCAUUUGCCACAGCAUGGAUGGAUGGAGCUACUGUAUUAUGCUAAAUGAUACAUCUUGUGAGAAGGAAAACUAGAGGUCGAGGUGAAAGAAGAAAUGACCAGUUCUCAGGGACUGCUGACAUUCAGGGACGUGGCCAUCGAAUUCUCUCAGGAGGAGUGGGGAUGCCUGAACCUCGUUCAGCGGGAAUUGUACAGGGAUGUGAUGUUAGAGAACUAUGGAAACCUUCUCUUCUUGGGUCUGAUUCUGUCAAAGCCAGACCUGAUGAUGUUUUUGGAGCAAGAGAAGCAGCUCUGGGAUGUGAAGAGAAAGGAGACAGUAGCCUUUCAUCCAGCUUCAUCAUCACAUGACACCCAGAGUUUCCUGCUAAAGCCAAGCAUAGAAGGUUCUUUCCAAAAAGUAUCAGUGCAUAGAUAUCAAGAUAGUGCUGUUGAGAUUUUGCACUUAAGUACAGACUGGGACAAUGAUGGGGGGAGUGAAGGGCAUCAAAGAUUUCCUGGAGGCUAUACCCAAACCAACGCAGUUGCCCUUAAUAAGAAUCUCACUGCCCCAAAUGGUGAAGGAAAUAAAACAUUGUGGAAAACCUCCCUUUUUAAGUCAACUCUUUCUGCAAAGCAUUGUGUUUCUGUAAGCAAAAGCUCCAAUCAAAUAUUCAAACAUACAUAUUUGUGGACAGACCAUUUGGAAAAUCUGGAAAGUUACCUAGUCCAUGCUGAAAAUAAUGAUUUGAACCAUUUUGAAGAUAGAAUUGGCUUGACCUUUCAGUCAAAUAUUUCUGAUAAUCAGAGAUUUAGAAAUGAAGAACGAAGUGCUAAGUCAGAUCCGUAUGAGAGGUGCUUCACUGAGGAGUCAACCGUACAGAAUUACCAGAGCCUUUUCAAUGGAGACAGAAUUGCUCAAUGCAGUGAAUCUGAGAAAACAUUUAACCAGGGUUCCAAUGUUCAUAGAUGUGUGAGGACUUGGUUUCCAGAGAACCAUUAUGGAUGUCAUAAAUGUGGGGAAGGCUUUAAUCAAAGCUCUAACCUUACUAUACACAAGAGCCUCCCUUUGGGAGAUAAUCCUCAUAAAUAUAAUAAAUGUGGGAAAGCUCUUAAGCAGUCCUCCAGUAUUGGUGAUCAUCAGAGAAUUCAUGAGGGAAAAAACCCAUUCAGAUGCAAUAAACCAGGGACCAUGUUUAGUCAGUCAACAAGGCUAAAUAUAAAUAAGAUAAUCCCUGGGGGAGAGAAAACUUCCAUUUUUAAGGAAUGUGGUAAAUCCGUUGACUGCCACUCAACACCAUCUCAAUAUCAGCAAAUGCAUACUGGAGAGAAAAUAUUCAAAUGGGAAGAAUGUGAUAAAACCUUAAAGGACAGUUCAUCAAUAAAUGGACAUAGGCAAAUCCAUACUGGAGAGAAACUUUACAAAUGUCAAGAAUGUGGCAAAGCCUUUAAAUGGCCCUCAAAACUUAUUCGACAUCACAAAAUCCAUACUGGAGAGAAAUCUUACAAAUGUCAAGAUUCUGGAAAGGCCUUUAACCAGCAGUCACACCUCACUCAACAUCACAGAUUUGAUACUGGAGAGAAACCUUACAAAUGUAAAGAAUGUGCCAAAGCCUUUAAAUCCUGCUCAACCCUGACUGAACAUCACCGAAUGCAUAUUGGAGAGAAACCUUAUAAAUGUAAAGAAUGUGGAAAGACCUUUAAGAAGCACUCAGUCCUUACUUAUCAUCACAGAAUUCAUACAGGAGAGAAACCUUACAAAUGUCAAGUAUGUGGCAAGGCCUUUAAUUGGCCCUCGAACUUUAGUGAACAUCACAGAAUUCAUAGUGGAGAGAAACCUUACAAAUGUCAAGAGUGUGGAAAGGCCUUUAACCGGCACUCCCACCUCACUCGACAUCACAGACUUCAUACUGCAGAGAAAACUUACAAAUGUAAAGAAUGUUCCAAAGCCUUUAAAUCAUGUUCAACCCUGACCGAACAUCUCCAAAUGCAUACUGGAAAGAAAUUUUACAAAUGUCAAGAAUGUGGAAAGCUCUUUAACAGACUCUCAACCCUUACUCAGCAUCACAGAAUUCAUACAGGAGAGAAACCUUACAAAUGUCAAGAGUGUGGAAAGGCCUUUAACCAGCACUCACACCUCACUCGACAUCACAGACUUCAUACUGCAGAGAAGACUUACAAAUGUAAAGAAUGUUCCAAAGCCUUUAAAUCAUGCUCAACCCUGACCAAACAUCUCCGAAUGCAUACUGGAGAGAAACUUUACAAAUGUCAAGAAUGUGGAAAGCCCUUUAACAGACUCUCAACCCUUACUCAGCAUCACAGAAUUCAUACAGGAGAGAAACCUUACAAAUGUCAAGAAUGUGGCAAGACCUUUAAGUGGCCCUCAAGACUUAUUCGGCAUCACAGAAUUCAUACUGGAGAAAAACCUUACAAAUGUCAAGAAUGUGGCAAAGCCUUUAAGUGGCCCUCAAACCUUACUGGACAUCAGAGAAUUCAUACUGGAGAAAAACCUUAUAAAUGUCAAGAGUGUGGAAAGGCCUUCAGCAGGCAGUCAUACCUCACUCAACAUCACAGAUUUCAUACUGGAGAGAAACCUUACAAAUGUCCAGAAUGUGCCAAAGCCUUUACAUCAUGCUCAAACCUGACUAAACAUCACCGAAUGCAUACUGGAAAGAAACCUUACAAAUGUCAAGAAUGUGGCAAGGCCUUUAAUUGGCCCUUGGACCUUACUCAACAUCACAGAAUUCAUACUGGAGAGAAACCUUACAAAUGUCAAGAUUGUGGAAAGGCCUUCAGCAGGCACUCAUACCUCACUCAGCAUCACAGAUUUCAUUCUGGAGAGAAACCUUAAAAAUGUCCAGAAUGUGGCAAGGCCUUUUACAGGCACUCAGUCCUUAUUAAACAUCAUAAAAUUCAUUCUAGAUAGAAACCUUACCAAUGUAAAGAAUGUGAGAAAAUGGUUAAGGAGUGCUCACCCCUUAGUACACAUCAGAGAAUUCAUAUUGGACAAUAACCUUAGAAAUAGAACAGAUGUGGCAAGGCCAUUGACCAGCAUGCAUACCUUACUAAACAUAGAAUUCAUACUGGAAAGAAAGCUGACAAAUGAAUAGAAUGUGCCAAAGCCUUUAGCAGGCAAACAACCCUUACUGGACAUCACAGAAUUCAUACUGGAGAGAAACCUACAAAUGUAAGGAAUGUGAGAAAACACUUAAGGACUGCUCUCUCCUUACUCCAUAUCAGAGAUUUCAUAUAGGAGAGUAAGUAUACAAAUAUUAAAGAAUGUGUCCAACCUCUCACUGGAUCUCCCAACGUACUUAACAUCAUAGUUAUCAUAUAGGAGCAAAACUGUAAAAUGUAAAGAAAAUGGACAAGCCUUUUCUGGAAUUCAAACCUUAAUAUCACAAAAUGCAUCCUAGACUCAAUCCAUUGGAACAUACGGAAUGUGGAAAGACCUUCAAUUUAAUAUACACUGGAGUAUACACCAGAGUGCAUUAAAAAAAGUAAAUUGAAAGAUACCAAUGUUUAGAAAACUACUUAAUUGAACAUCAAAUACCAAUAAAUGUCACAGAAAUCAAGUAAAAGGAAUGCAUUAGUCAGUCUAUUCAGACAUUACUCUGUAUGAAAAUAGUUCUAAGGAAUAAUCACACUUAAACAUUUAGAAAAUGUAUGCUAUUGUAUUUCAACAGAUUUGGUGGAUGGACUUUUACAUAUGUAUAAUUAAUAUGUGUUUUUUAUUUUUUCAUCAACCCUAUUCGAGAUUUGUGACUAACAAUAUUAAUGUAUUUUACUCUGAAAUCACUUCAGAAAAUUCUUUUAUUCCAUUGGGUGUGUACGGCCAUGUGGCUGAUCGUUGGUACCUCAAAGAUACUAGAUGCCCUGCUACAUUAGGUGGGACUCAUGCAUCCCUAAUUUUCCAUGGAAGAUGAAGGACAGGAUAAUACACAACAUAUGAAGUAUAUCUCAAUGGAGAGGCUGCUUACGGUUAUAACAUUGACGUAAAAUACCAUGAAAUAGGUGUUCAGAGCACAUGCUUCUCCAUAUAUUAAAACUAAAGAACUUCCUCAAUAUUAGAAAUACACAGUUUUACUAAUUGUUCUUUAAGGAAAACGAGGUGUCAGUCCAGUAAACUACCAAUGUAUAUUCAUAACUGCAAUCGUUAGAGAGUAUGAGUUGAUGUGGUUGAAAUGAAGAAAUCCUGACAGAUAACUGAAAGAGGAUAGUUGACUCUUCCCUACAAGGCCAUACUGUUGUAUAUACACAUUUCUUAAGAAUUUACCUCAGUCAUGAUAUUUUUGGAAUUAAGUACUCCCACAUCCUUCUAACAGCACUCGAAUGCUUUUUCACGUGUGUAUUCUGUAUUUUAAAUGGUGAUAAUAGAGUGGAUUUGAAAUGCAUAACUUAGCCCAUUUGUGAGAUUAAUAUAUUUUCAUUAAGAAAAUAUGCUGGUUUUUAACGUAUUGACAUGGAUGUGUGAUGGAUGACGUGUUAUCCUACCUCCAGUGUUAACCUGUCUCAUUGAGGGUUGUAGGUGGCAGAUGGAAUCAAUCACCUGUUUGGUAAUGGAGUAGAAUAAUAUACCUAGGAAUCCAUUUCCUCGGUGGUCUGAAGGUUUAAAUGAUGGGUGAUUAUUUUUCCCCUAGUCUAUUAUACGAUUUUGUCCUCUUCGUGAAUACUAUGAUAUUAUUAUGGGUACAUUACAGAGGUAUGUAACAUAAGAGGUGUUGUUGAUGUUUUAGCUCACAUACUCCAUGAUAGUGUUAUUUGGCAUCCACUUUGUGUAGGCAGUAGUUUUGCAGGGGCCUUGCACUGACAGGAGCCCUUCUCGCUAGCGCAUUCCCUGGACAACACGCUGCAGAGUCACAAGUUAAUGGAACUUCUGGUAUCACAUCGGCAAUCCAUCCUUGUGAGCCACCAUCUCUCCUUUCUCCCAAUGCUUUCCCUCCAUGUCCCUUAGAGAAGACUCCCACAGAACUUCCCUAAACCUGUUUUGGCUGGAAUGGCAUAUUCUGGACUUAGCCUUGGGACUCUAAAGCAUUGCACCAUGGCCCCAAAUUAAAGUAUGUGCCCCUCUUUAUGCAUUGAAUUGUUUCGAUGUGUCUAUGAAGUUCACAUGUACAUAUGACCAUGCUACAUGUGUAAUAGAUACCCCAUAAGAAAGAGAAAUCUAUCCCAAUAGGAGUGAUAUGGUAGCCCAGGUAAGAGAGAGAAAAUAUUUAAGAUGAAGAAUUAGCAUGUGGAGGAGGACAACUGUCCCAAGUUGCCCAACUGACACCCUGGAUAUAGAAAAAUAACUUCUCCUUGUUUUAUUUCCUAGUUCUCUCAAGAUCUCCAGUUGUAUUUUUCCUCAUUUUUGUUUCCAGCUACAUAGGCACCACAACCAUUCUUUUUUGCCUGUGUUGUGGAGAGAGUGUCCUCAAUAAACGCUUCAUUGAGACUAGAGAGAUGGAAGGUCAAUGGGUAUUAAUUCAGACAUUUAUCACGGGGAUGUGGGAUGUGAGUUGAAGUAAAAUUUGAUGAAGGCACCAUCCUUAGAAAGAUAAGACCUAUUAAUAGGAAAUGUAAAGAAGUCUUUCCAAUGUGGGGAGGGACCCAGAGGGGGCUCCCUUUAGUCACUGCGAAGGCACAGGCAGCUCUUGGUGAUGUUAUCUAAUAAAUACAUGUAACGGGGAAAAGGAAUUGGCAAAUGUGGGUUUCUCAGGAGUAGGGAAGUCCUGCUUUAUCUUGAUGAUUUGAUUGAUCUCCUGUGUCUUACUGAGGACUAAUGCUGUUGGAUGUCAAUGAUUACUGUAUUUUCCCAGGCCUAGAUCAGUGACAAGGGAUGGCGGAGGGUAUUGGAUGAUGCAAUCAAUUUGGCAUAGUUUUAAAAUGUCACAUGGUAGAGUAGUUGUUGGAGAUGAAGAAGCCUUCUGGACAGUGGAAUAGGCAGGAUCAGCAAGGCAUGUGCUGUGGUUGAACCCGAGCACUUGUUUCCCAGGUAGAUAACCCCAGUCAAGGUAAGAGCCACUAUAGUUGGGUGACCUUUCAGGGAAACUGCUUCACUGCUGUGUGGAACCUUCCUCCCUUUCCUCAGCACCAUGAUGAGUGUAGUUCCAUGCUCUGGCUCUUUGCAUGGCAAGGAUUUGUUGAAGGGGCAGUUCAACAGUGAGAGUCAGUGAGACUUUUUCUUCAAACAGUCCAGCUAAAGUGUUCAUUGACUCCUCAAUGAAUAAAGAGAGAGAUAUAUAUAUAGAAGGGAAUAUUUAUCACCCUAAAAGGAAUGACAUCUUGCCAUUUGCCACAACGUGGAUGGAGCUAGAGAGUAUUCUGCCGAGUGAAAUAAGUCCGAGAAAAACAAGUAUCAUAUGAUUUCACUCGUAUUUGUAAUUCAAAAAAGAAAACAAGUGAGCAACGGGAAAGAACAAAGAAAUGGAGAAGCAAACCAAGAAACAGACUCUUAACUUUAGAGAACAACCUGAUGGAUGCCAGAGUGGAUGUGAGUAGAUGAAUGCAUUAAAUAAGUGUUGGGGAUUAAGGACUGCCCCUGUGAUGACCACAGACUGUUACAUGGAAUUGUACAAUCACUAUUGUACACCUAAAAUAUUACUUUGUAUGUUAACUAAGUAGAAUGGUAAGAUAAAAACCUUAAAAAGUAUUUUGUGUUUUACAGAUUUAAGAAACUUUUUCUUUUAGAUCACCUGACUUGCAGCACUUGCACAAAAUACACCUUUGCAAACAAAUGGAAAUAUUUAUGUUUUCUCCCGUCCUGACUCCCCCCCCAAAUUCAGAAACUCUCAAUGACUAUUCUUAGUUUUUAUGUCAUCAGAGGUUUUAGCUAUGAUUGAAUGUGCUAAUUUGAGUGGUCUUGCUCCUUCAGGUGUCACCCUGGAGAUGGUGGAUUGUUUCUUGUGUCUUGGUUUUCUCUGGAGUUAGCCUGACUAAAUUGAAAGUGCUCAGCAUGCUAAGGGGCUGAUUCUUCUAUGUUUCCCCUGAUGCAGCACCUAAAUUAUUUGUAUCACGAAUGGGAAUCCCUGUGGGAUGGUUGCUGGGUGCUGAAGUUGUCUCUCCCACCCUCUAGUGAGAGGAGCUAAUGUCCUUUUUGUCCUUGGAUUCAUUCAGAAUCUCAUUUACAGAAUGCAACAAGCAUUUAAAUGGGCCACAUUGUGAAGAAUUUUAAAUUUCUCAGAGGCAGAUGCAUCUGUGCCCACAGACCUCCAAUCUGUGCUUCUGACACUAAAGUGAAUUGUGGCCAUGCAGUAUUCCAAGAGAAAAUCAUCUAUUCCUAUUAGUAGAGUGAUAACUUAAUGCCAAGUGAUUCUUUUAACAUGCAGCCUGUU